GAAGAAUCAAUUGAAGGGGAAAUUUGAAAUGGUGAAAGGUAUUAUUUCUUUAUUCUUCCACACUUGAAUCCGAUUACCAUCCAAGACUGAAAUCAUGUUAACGAUCUUUACGUUAUUACUCUCUUUUUCAUGUAAACGUUUCGUGUGACAACUGUUUGAUUAAAUGCCUCACCCGGAUGUUGCGUUUUGGACUGUUCUGACCAUGGGUUAUCGCUUUGGUGGGAUGUAUGAUAAUGCAUUGCUUGUGUUUGAACAGAUGCAGUAUGCAGAUGUGGUUCCGAAUCAGCUAACAAUGGUGAAUGCUUUGGCUGCUUGUGCUAGCUCGGGUGCUAUUGAAAUGGGGAUAUGUAUACAUGAUAUGGUAAGGAGGAAUGGAUGGGAAUUGGAUGCCAUUUUCAGGACUGUAUUGAUUGAUAUGAAUGUCAAGUGUGAGUUUUUACUUAUAUAAAGGAAAAGCAUGUGUUUAUUGAAGGGCCGGGUGUGGUGAGGAGGCUAUUUUGUGGUUUAAUAGGAUGGAGUUAGAGCAGAUGAAGUGACUUUGGUUGCAGUUCUUCAAGCGUGCAGUCAUUGUUUGGUGGAUAAGGGUCGAUGGAUAUUUAGUAUGUUGGUUGAUGGAAAGUAUGAAUUUCGUCCCAAUGUCAAAAUCUCAAGGGAACUUUGAGUUCGGCGAGAAGAUGGAGUUAUGUUGAGAGAGAGAACUGACUAAGGACUUGGGUUGUAGUUCUGUGGAGGUUGAACACCUAAGGCCUGCCACUGAAGUCUCUCUCUCUAACUCUCUCUCUAACUCUCUCUCUCUAACUCUCUCUCUCUCUCUCUCUCUCUCUCUCUAACUCUCUCUCUCUAACUCUCUCUCUCUCUCUCUAACUCUCUAACUCUCUCUCUCUAGUGUUUAAGCAAGGACUCACCAUGGACAGUGAAGAAAACACCAAAUCAGGCAAUAAGGUAUUAGCAUCUCAAGUAUCUUUCGAAUCAAUCCUUGUUUUUAGUGAUAUUGCUCGACAAAAUUCGAAUUUCCUUGAUCUUGGUGAUGCUUAUAAGCUAGCUCUCAGUAAUAGAGAAAGACAGUAGUCCGGUAUGCUUACAAAACACUGGCUUGGGAAAUAUUCCUUAAGAGUUAAUUUUGCCAAAGGUCUCUGCCGCUUGAGGGUCUGAUAUGUAUUUUAGUGAUAUCAGUCCUAGAUUUUGUGUAUAAAUAGUGAAGAAGCAAAGACUUCUGAUGUCUCUAACUCUACUGGAAUGCAGAUACUUCAAAAAAUGAUUUCACUUGAGCGAAACGAAUCUGUUCGUCACUACAAGGCAAUGGAAGAUUCUUUUGAUGAAGAACUUCAAAUACUACCUACUGCAGAUUGUAGAAAGAUGGUUCUUACAGCUUCAACAUUUGCUGCUGCAAUAAGUUAAUCACUACAAGGCACAUGAGGAUUCUUUUGCUGACGAACAUUAAAUACUAGCUACUGCAGAUUGGAGAAAGAUUGUUCAUAUAGCUUCAACUUUCGCUGAAAUAAGAACAUCAAAUACUAGCUACUGCAUAUUUGAAAAAUAUGAGGAAGAUUGUUCUUAGUAGCUAUUCGAGUUGAGCAUUUGCUGAAAGUGCAUGAAAUAAGAUGGCGAGUUUCUUGACUGAUUUGGCGAAGCCAUAUGUGGAGAAAUUGAUAAAUGGCGUGAUUGCAGAAUCGAGUUAUAUAUGUUGCUUCAUGUGCAUUGCUAAGGAUUUUGAAGAAGAAAAAGCUAGGUUGGAAGUAGAAAGGACAACUUUUAAGCAAUGCAUUGAAGUGGCAACCCGAAAAGGGGAAGAUGUUCAAGCUAAUGCUCUUUCUUGGGUAGAAGAAGCUGAUAAGCUCAUUCAAGAAGACACCAAAACAAAACAAAAAUGUUUUUUUGAAUUUUGUCCUCAUUGCAUAUGGAGAUAUAGAAGAGGAAAAGUACUGGCAAAUAAGAAGGAUCAUAUUAAAGAAUUAAUGGAAGCUGGAAAGGAACUUACAAUUGGACUCCCAGCUCGUCUUCCAGAUGUUGAACGCUAUUCAUCCCAACACUAUAUGCAUUUUAAAAGUAGAGAAUCCAAAUACAUUGAGCUUUUGGAUGAACUCAAAGAUGACAACAAUUAUAUGAUUGGGUUGCAAGGGAUGGGGGGCACAGGAAAAACUACACUGAUCAAGGAAGUGGGUAAGAAACUUAAGCAAUCAAAGCAAUUUACUCAAAUCAUCGAUACCACAGUGACAUUUUCUCCUAAUAUUAAAAAGAUUCAAGAUGAUAUUGCUGGACCUUUGGGAUUGAAAUUUGAUGACUGUAAUGAAUCCGAUCGACCCAAAAAACUAUGGAGCAGACUAACCAAUGGUGAGAAGAUUCUUCUAAUAUUGGACGAUGUGUGGGGUGAUAUUGAUUUUUAUGAAAUUGGAAUUCCAGAUAGUGACAAUCACAAAGGUUGUAGGAUUGUUGUAACCACGCGCAGUCUGUUGGUGUGCAAAAAAUUAGGAUGCAAUAAGACAAUCCAACUAGAUCUCUUAUCUGAAGAAGAUGCGUGGAUCUUGUUCAAAAGGCAUGCUAGUCUAAGUGAAACUUCAAAUGAUUUUUUUCUUGACAAGGGACGUAAAAUUGCAAAUGAAUGCAAAAGGUUACCUAUUGCAAUUGUUGUUAUUGCUAGUAGUUUGAAGGGCGAACAACAUCGGAAUGAAUGGGAUGUGGCCUUAAAAUCAUUUCAAAAACCUAUGUCCAUACAUGGUGUUGAUGAUGAACUUGUUAAAAUUUAUAGCUGUUUGAAGUUUAGCUAUGAUAAUAUUAGGAAUGAAAAGGCAAAGAGUUUAUUCCUUUUGUGUUCUGUGUUUCGGGAAGAUGAAGAGGUUAUUACUGAAAGGUUAGCCAGACUUGCCAUCGGAGGAGGCCUUUUUGGGGAAGAUUAUGGAAGCUACCAAGAUGCGCGAAGUCAAGUAGUUACAUCCAAAAAUAAACUCCUAGAUUCUUGUUUAUUGUUGGAAGACGAUCAAGGGACAGUGAAAAUGCAUGACUUGGUUCGCGAUGCUGCCCAAUGGAUAGCGAAGAAAGAGAUUCAAACAAUACAAGUGUAUGACAAAAAUCAAAAGGCAAUGGUUGAAAGGGAGAAAAAUAUAAAAUAUUUGUUAUGUGAAGGCAAGCCAAAGGACGUGUUUUCCUGUAAGUUUGAUGGUUCCAAGCUUGAGAUUCUAAUUGUCAUUUUGUGUAGGGAAAAAGGUGACAAGCUUUCAAAUAUCAAAGUACCAGAUUCAUUUUUUGAAAAUAAUACUGGACUUCGAGUUUUGGAAUUACGUGAUAAUUUUCUUUUAGACCUAUCAUUACCUCAAUCAAUACAAUCGUUGAAGAAUAUUCGAUCUCUUAUCUUUAGAUUUGGUAGGUUGGGGGACAUUUCUAUCUUGGGAAAUCUGCAAAGCCUUGAGACACUUGAUUUGAGUUAUUGUUCUAUCAAUGAAUUGCCGAGUGGAAUUAAGAAAUUAGAUAAGUUCAGAUUGUUGAAAUUGGAAUUUUGUUCAAUUUCUUGGAAUAAUCCGUUUGAAGUGAUUGAAAGAUGCUCAUUACUUCAAGAGUUGUAUUUUGUAGGGAGUUUUAAUCAUUGUUGUCGAGAAAUAACUUUACCUACAUUGCAGAUGUUUUAUGUAGUUGACAACUAUUCAAUUGGUUAUUCAUCAUCAAAGUGUGUGUCUAUUGACUACGAAAAUGAGUUUUUCCUAUCUGAAACAACACUCAAGUAUUGUAUGCAAGAAGCAGAGGUUCUCAAACUAAGUAGAAUCGAGGGGGGAUGGAGAAAUAUCAUACCUGAGAUUGUUCCUUUGGACCAUGGUAUGAAUGAUCUACUUGUGCUUGAUUUAAGUUGCAUUUCACAACUACAAUGCCUCAUUGGAACUAAGCAUACUUCUUCUCAAAUAUCACAUGUAUUCUCCAAGUUGGUUAAACUACGUCUGAAAAAAAUGGAAAAUCUAGAAGAAUUGUGCAACGGUCCUCUUUCCUUUGACACUUUUAAGAGUUUAGAGGACCUAUCUAUCAAGAAUUGCAAACACUUGCGAAGCUUAUUUAAGUGCAACCUUAGCCUACGCAAUCUAAAGAAAGUUUCAUUGAAAAGAUGCCCGAUGUUGAUCUCCUUAUUUGAAAUUUCAACUGCUCGUAGCCUAGUGUUGUUGGAGAUAUUGAAAAUAAUUGACUGUGAGUGUCUUGAAUAUAUAAUACUAGAUGAAAGAAAAGAAGAGGGAUCAAGAGGAGAAAUAAUUGAUGAUAAUAGCAGGAGUCUAGACCCAAUGUUUUUGAAACUAAAAGCUCUUGAAAUUGAGAAGUGUCCAAACUUUGAAGUAAUACUUCCGUCUGUCUCUACUCAUGAUCUUCCGGCACUAGAAUCCAUCACAAUGAGAAGUUGUGAUAAGCUGGAAUACAUAUUUGGGCAAGAUGUCAAACUUGGUUCCCUAAAAUAUAUAAAUCUUGAUGAUGUACCCAAGUUAAUUGAUAUUUUUCCAGAAAGUAAUCAUACGACGUCUUUGUCCAAUAAGAAGUCAUCUUCUAUUUCUAGAUCCUCUUCCAAGCCAACAACACAGUCGGACUAUAUCAAAUGCAACAUCUUUUCAUGGAUUGAUAUGUAUUAUCGUGGAAACAAAUUGAGGAGUACCAAAAGUACUAAAAUUCCAUUGGUUCAUGUGAAUCAACCACAAAACAACUUAAUGGAAUCAAAUUCAUAUUGCCUUAGCAUAAACAUAUGGGAGCGUGCUCAAUGUAUUUCAAGACAAUCAAAGAUCCUGUGCAAUGUUAAAAAGAUUGAGUUGAGGAAGAUAAAAUCAAUAUUUGUCCUAUCUAUUGCUCCAAGAAUGUUGUUGGAAACUUUGAUAAUUAAAGGUUGUGAUGAAUUGAAACACAUAAUAAUAGACACCGAAGAUCACGACAAUGCUGAUGACAAUAAUUUGGACAAUGUCUUCCCAAAGUUGAAAGUGCUUUCCAUUAUAGAUUGCAUCCGAUUGGAAUAUAUAUUCGGACAUUACAAUGAUGAUCAUCAAAAUGACAUUGAGGUUCAUCUUCAUCUUCCAGCAUUGGAGUGUCUCCAUCUUUCCACUCUGCAAAAUUUGGCUGCCAUGUGUCCUAAACAAUAUCACACAACAUUUCCACCUUUGAAAGAACUUGUACUCGAUAACUGCUUACAGGUUGCUGAUAUGAAAUCUAUUGGUGAUUUCAUAUCUCAUCAUUUGGUUUCAAGAUCUGUCGAUGGUACCAUCACAAAGAAAUUGAGUGGGAACAUGGAGUAUUUGCUUGCUUUGGAAAGACUCGGGUUAUAUAAGUCCAAAGUAGAAAGUAUAUUUUGUGUCAAUGAAGUAAAUCAACAACAAAUAAACUUAGUGUUGCAAAAGAUUAAGCUGGAAGAUUUGUAUGUGGUGACUUGUCUUUUUGUUGGUCCCAAAAAUUCUUUUGUCUUCCAAAACCUAAUAACGAUACAAAUUGUGCGAUGUGAAAAGUUGCAAGUCAUUUUCUCCGAUUCUAUUUUAAGAUGUCUACCACAAUUGCAUGAUAUAAUGAUAAUAGAGUGUGAUGAGUUGAAGCAUAUCAUUGAAGAUGAUUUAGAGAAUAAAAAAAUGUCAAAUUCCUCAUCCUCAAGGACAUGCUUCCCAAAGCUAAAUGUGCUUGUUGUAAAAAAGUGCAACAAGUUGAAAUGUGUGUUUCCGAUCUCCGUAUGUAACGAGCUUCCCGAGCUAAAGUGUUUGAUCAUAAGAGAAGCAGAUGAACUAGAGGAAAUAUUUAAAAGUGAAGGGGAGGAAAAUCAGAAAGCCAAGAUUCUAAAUUUGAAAUAUGUAGCAUUUGUGAACCUACCAAGCCUCUUCCAAACACAGGGAAUUCAAUUUCAAACCGUAGAAUCUCGUUUUGUAAUAGAUUGUCAAAAACUCUCUCUCACUUCAACAUCAACAUUCUCCUAUUUUCGUUACGAUUUAUUCAUGGAUAUGGAUGAAGGAGCGUUAAGAAAUUUGUUGAUUAUACUUCAAAAUAUACAAGAAGAAUCCCGUGGCCACAAUACUAAAGAUAUGGAUCAAGAAACGGCACAAGAUUUGCUGACUCUAUUUCAAAAAAUGCGAGAAGAAUCCAAUGUCGACAAUACUGGGUUUGAAACCACCAAAGAUUUUGUUGCUGGAAUUGAAGUUGAAGCAGCGUCAAGACACGAGUUGACAUCUUCAGAGUGGGAGGGCUCUACGUCCGAAAUAGAUGUAGCAGCAACUUUGCAACCCAUUUCAGAAAAAAAGAAUGAGCCAACUUUACAGUUAGUUGCUCCUAAACAAAAGCAGGGUAAUGCGAUAAACGUUGAAGAAGGAAAUACAUCUAAUAAUGUCAAGACAAUAACAUCAUCAACCAAUUUAGAAUUAGAACAUGGUGAUGAACAAAUAGCCAUGACUUCUUUUUCCAUGGCCUCUAAAGAAACCAAUGAUCAAGUUUCUUGGAAUGACGAGGCUUUCAAGAAUGUAAGCUCAAAUAUUGAGGAACAGUUACCUAAGAAAGAUGAUAUAAUAGUUUCAAAAUCAAAACCCUCUUCAAUUGCAUCCAAGUUUCCUUCAAUACCUUCUAAAGGGAACUCAUCUAAAAUAGUAGAAGAUUUAAGUUAUUCUUUGCUUAUCACAAAGGAGCUUGAGCAACUAGUCUCCAAGAAGCAUUUGGCUUCAGAGAACUUGUCUCUGUUAACUGAUUUCCUUGUUUUGCACCCUUCCCUUCACUUAAAGGACACUUCACUGAGUAAUAGAUACAAGGGUUGUGCCUACAGUUUAUUAGCUCAGCUAUUGAAGUUUCUCCAAACUCAUAGUGUUGUUGAUGCAAUGGGCUCAUACCGCACCGAAUUCGUGGAGCUAUUACAAGAUGCACAUAGCUUUGGUUUUGAUAAGGAUUGGUUGAAUGGUGUUGAAAGACGUGGUUUGUUUCCUGAUAUACAAGUGUUGGAUUCUAAGCAACAGGUUACCAAAGAAUUUGAAAUGUUGCGUUUCAAGAUAGACAAUUUAAGUCAAUAUGUGGAAGAUCUUAAGCAUCAAUUGACAUCUUCUGAAACUGUUUUGGAGACCAUCAUUCAGAAACAGGCAGAUUUAAGCGCCCCUAUUGGCUAUUAGACUUUUUUUUACUUCUUUUCCUUCAUGCUUUUCACUGUGAGAUCUAUUAUCCUUCACUAUUGUUUAUUCCUUGGGUGUGAAGUUUUAUUAUUGCUUAUUUGAAAUGAACUUAUAAACCGUCCUUAUUAUGUUUCUGUAUUUAAAACUAUUAUUGUUUGUU